CCCGUAACACGCCUGUAACAAGGCGAUACAACAAAUAAUAGCAUAUGCAUUGCUUCAAACGUUGGAGCGGUUCGGCAGUGGUGGUACUUCGUGAAACCUGAACACAUAGAGGAAAGAUGUCCCACCAAACAGGGAUUGUAGCCAACCAGGAGUUGAUGACAUUUUUUGGCAGCUGCAGAAAUGGAAGUGUCAGGGCCAUCAAAAUAUCCAUUGAAGAUGAGCAGUUAAGCCUCCACACCCAUGUUCCUGCUGAGUCUACCUGGGAAACUGACUGGGACAGCACAGUUCCAGAUCUCACAGAUGACAAGCAGCCGACAUACAUCCUGUAUAGGCUAGACUCCAAGAAUUCAAUGGGCUUUGAGUGGCUGCUGAUCACAUGGUCACCGGAUGACUCGCCAGUCAGGCAGAAGAUGCUGUAUGCCUCUACAAAGGCCACACUCAAGAAGGAAUUUGGUGGGGCCCAGAUCAAGGAUGAAGUCUUUGGCACAACAAAGGAGGACGUGACGCUGACCGGCUACCGGCGCCAUCUGCGUGCCCAGAAGGCGCCCGCCCCUCGCUCCAUGGCCGAGGAGGAGAGGGAUGAGAUCAAGAGGGCAGAGGUGGGGGUGGACGUGUCGGUGGACACCAAGCAGCAGACGAUGGGCAGCGUGUCCUUCCCGAUCAGCCGCGAGGCGCUGGACGAGGUGGCCGGUCUGUCCCAGGGCAGGGUGAACUACGUACAGCUGAGCAUAGACUUGGACAAGGAGACCAUUAACCUGGCGGCGGCCGACACCACGCCGGCGGCGGCGCUCGCACGGCACGUGCCCACCGACCACGCGCGCUAUCACCUGUACGUGUUCAGCCACCAGUACGAGGGUGACCAGUUCCACAGUCUCGUGUUCAUCUACUCCAUGCCCGGCUACAACUGCUCCAUCCGGGAGCGCAUGCUGUACUCCAGCUGCAAGUCCUCAGUCAUCGACGUCAUAGAGAACCAGUGCCAGCUGAGCAUCACCAAAAAGAUCGAGGUGGAUGACCCCAGCGAGCUGACCGAGCAGUUCCUGAUGGACGAGAUCCACCCCAAAAAGAUGCUGCAUCGGCCCAAGUUCGCCAAGCCCAAGGGCCCGGCCAGCCGCGGCGCCAAGCGGCUGACCAAGCCCGGUCCGGCCGACUCGUAGCCGCCUGACGGCCAGGCCCGUCAGCGUCAGGUGCGUGCCGUCCGGCGGGCGCCGGGUGAGGCCGCCUCCGCCGACGGCGGCCGCAGCGCAUUGUUUUGUAUUUGUACGGCGGCGGGCGCCGGAGGCUGCGCGCGCUCGCAUUAUGUCGGUCCGCUUCAAGCGUGACUUCCAUGUACGGUCGAUGCGUGCGACGCACGCCGCUGG